UUAGUUACAACAACGGAAGGCAACGCAACAUUUUAUGGUUCAAUUCAAUUCAGAAAACGAUUUCUCUGUGUGUCUGCUCUGUUUUUUAUUUCAAGUUGAGCUAAAAUAUAAAACAACAAGAAGAAAAAGUGGAAACAAAAACAACAAGAAAAUAAAAUAAAACGAAAUGUGUUAAUUUUACAAUAAAUACUUCCCAAUAGAUAAUUUAUUUAUAAACAAUAACAACAACAGCAAAAUACAAUUUGUUAUACAGUUUAGCAUUGUUAUUGUUAUGGUGUAUUAAUAUAUUACUACAAUACAAAACGUGAAGAAGUGAAAGAAUUACAAAAAUAAAAAAGAGAAAUUAACAAAAAUAAAACAAAAUUGUAAAAGUGCAGCAUUAAUUUGAAAAUUGUAUAACUUGAAUUAAUUUGUAUUUGAAAAUAAAAACAAAAAAUUUAAAAAAAAAAAUAGAAUUUAAAAACAUGAUCAGUUGUAAUUGAUAUUUCAUUUCAAACUUAUGUUUUUUUGUAAAAUAAUUAAUGAAUUUUAUUAAUUGUUUAAUUAAUCAAAAACCCAUUCAAACUAAUUGAGAAAAUUAAGACAAUUUGCUGGGUGUUUUGAAACAGCUAUUAGCGUUCAAUCGUGUGUGUGUGUAAUUAAAAUUCAAAAUAAAAAUUUGAAAUUUUGUUAAUGAUCUACCUAUCUGAUGAUCAUCGUUGGUUGUAACUUUUCGAAAUAACCACAAAUUAAGCUUCUGUAAAUUGAAACCAAAAUAUAAUAAAAAACAACAUAACAGCAAACCUAUUAUUGAUGAGAAAUUAAUAAUAUAAUUAUUUAACGAAACAAAAUAAAAAAAAACGAAAAAUUAAACUGGUUAAAAAUAAUAUUUUAAAUAUAUUGAAAUAUUAGCUUAUUAUGGGAUUAAAUUAAUAACAAAUUUGUUAUUUUCUGCUGUUGAUCUUACACUUGGACAAAAAAGUAAUUGGUCUGCCUACGUUUGUUGGAAUUUUUGAUAUAAAUAUUUGAAAGCAGCUUUGAAAAAAUUAUGUUUUCCAUACAACAAUUUCGCAACAUCUUAAAGCUUUACUAAGUUCUGUGAGAACUUUUGCUUAAAUAUUAGAAGCAUGCGCCUUUUUAAGACGCGCAAAUCCAUAGAUACUUCACAGAAUCCUUUGUCAUUGGAAAACCACAGCAACAACCACUUAACCGUAGCAACAUGUGCCUCGAAAUUUACCAAAUCAAUAAGUGGUUCUUCAACCAUUUCCUCGUCUUUGCCCGAUUUGCACGAUAAUUCGCCCGUUAUGAUUUUAAGUUGUACCAAUUUAAGUACCAGCGGUUUACCGCCUACUUCUUUGCAGCCCAACAGCAAUAAUGUGGUUACUGUGAGCUCAGCUCAUACCACGCCCCCGAAAAGUAAUGACUCCAUAUCACCUCAACAAUGUUCUACACCCGGUAUCCACUAUCAGCCCAUACAAAAUGUUACCUAUCCCAAUAGUGGCAGACAGACACCAUCCGCUUUAUCGGUGGCCUCUCUAAAUGAUGCUGUCCUGCAAAGACCCGCCAGUGUUCACAUUUUUAAUCACAAGGCCAAUUCGUUGUUGAUCAAUUAUGGUGGGAGUAGUAAUGAUAUUACGGGGCCGAAUGGCCAAUACCAAAAGUAUUCACAAAGUACAAAUAAUGGCACCCUAUCAAGAGGUUUGUUGGGACAACAUCAUCGCAAUACCUCCUCGUCUAGCAGUUGUAUAUAUGAAAAGUCAAAUGGUGGUGGGGCAAGAAAUAUUGGUGGUAGUCUGAAUAUAACUCCAAAUGGUUGCAGCAGCCAGCAAAGUAAUUCUUUGUCUUUAAUGGGAUCGAAUGUUCAAUUACCCGAUUAUAAGCUGGUCACUGCUGUACCCGUGGUGGUCUUAGAUGAUGAACAGAAAUCCAUAAUUUCCACAACCUCAAACACCUCUACAAGUACCACAAACUCUAUAGCAAGUACGGCUACAAAUAGUGCUAGAAAUGUUUUCACUUGGGGUAAACGUAUGAGCCGUAAACUAGACAUUUUAAAACGUGGUGACACGCACAACACCCACAAGUCUCACACAGAUUUAAGAAGUCUUUUCCACUCGCCCAAUCAUCACAAUGGCAACAGUAGUAAUAGUAAUCAAAGCAAUCAUAGUGCAAAUAAUCGGGAAACCACCCAUUAUCAAUCAAACACUUUAAAGAAAUGCAAAUCUGGUCCCAUCGAAACCAUUAAAAAUCGUGAGCAGCAAAGAAAUCAAAGUAUAAAAUUGCAAAAUAAAUUGGGAGAGGCACAUUCACAGUCAGCCUCGAAUACGCCCACACAUACAUCGCAACAAAGACCCCAAACGAAAGCAAUUAAGAAUUUCUUUCAUCGGAUUGGUUCGACGGGCAUGUUGAAUCAUAAAUCUCAUAAUCUGGUCAAAGCGGCCGAACAACCAAAUAAUCAAGGCUCUACAGCUUCUCUAUAUCGUAGUAGCUCUACCAGCCAGUUGGCUACUUGUUCCUAUGUGAAGUGUGACGAUCCAAGUGAUGGUUUGAAUUUAGCCAAUGCCCAGAAAAGGCAAUCAAUGAGUGGCUUGCUAAAGAGCGGUUCAAAUUUGCUUAGUGGCAGCAAUGGCAGUAUUGCCAGUGCUGGUAUAAAGUCCAGCAGUUGUGAUGAUAUAGCCAAGGUGGGUCAAGUAGUAAUAACUUCGCCGCAAAACUCUUCCUCAGAACCCGCUUCAGCCACUUCCCCUCAAAACUCGGCAGAUGCUAAUAGUAGGCGUGCCAACUUUCCUUAUGCUUUCCUGCGCUCCAGACUGUCAGUGCUACCUGAAGAAAAUAAUGGCUCGGUCAUGAAGCAGCCCUCCUUAUCAAGUUUGCACACACUAGCCGAGCAGCAACAACAGCAGUACUUGCAUGUGCCCAAUUCUCCCAUACCAAAACAUCGCAAUUCGACCAUUUUACCUGCCGUAGAAACCGACUUUAAUCAAUUGACGGAUAAUCUCUCAAUUGCUAGCUCUACACCAAAUCAUUCUGGAAAAAUGAUUUAUCGGAAUGAUUCUUUAAUUAAGCGUUAUUCCUCGGAUGAUAGUGCUAUUGGCAAUUGUUCACCCUUGCAGGCGUCCCAACUAUCGAACAGCAGCGGCAGUGGUGAUGUGUCACGCAACAACAGCAUUACUUCCAAGGACUGGGAACCACUUUACCAAAGAUUAAGUAGUUGUCUAAGUUCAAAUGAAUCGGGUUACGACAGUGAUGGUGGCAACAACAUCACUCGCCUAAGCAAUAGUCUUGGUAUCUCCAGUGGAGAUACAGAAUCAAUUGCUUCGGGCACACUGAAAAGAAACUCCCUGAUAUCGCUCACCUCUUCGGAGGGCUUGGGAGGCGGAGUGACUGGUAGUAAUGCUUUGCGUUCGGGUAGCAUAUGCAGCACCAUGAGUGGUCCUGUUUCACUGGGUGGCUACAAUUACGACUACGAAACCGAGACUAUACGUCGCAGAUUUAGACAGGUGAAACUGGAGAGGAAAUGCCAAGAGGACUACAUAGGUUUGGUGCUAUCGCCCAAGACUGUGCAAACCAGCAAUAAUGAAAUGCAAUAUAGAUAUUUGAUUGUCGAAAUUGAUGCGUAUGGCAUGGCUCAAAAAGAUGGUCGCCUACGUUUGGGAGAUGAAAUCGUUAAUGUUAAUGGCAAUCAUUUGCGUGGCAUACAAUCUUUCCAGGAAGUUCAACGUUUGCUAAGUUCUUUUGUCGACAAUUGCAUUGACUUGGUUAUAGCCCAUGAUGAGGUGCACACUAUAACCGAUUUUUAUACCAAAAUCAAAAUUGAUGGCUCUACUUGCGUGUAUUCCCAAAAACAGGAAUUGGAUACAAAUCAACAACAAACAGAUCUAUAUAGUUCGAUGCAAUCUUUAACAGCGGAUACCCCUCCGCCACCACCGCCCCAAUCACGUAAUGAUUAUCUGGCUCGAGCUAGAAAACGUUUAAGUUAUACCCAACGCACCCAAAGCACGGACAGCAUCAAUAGCUAUGAUUUGCAUAGUCUACAACUGGCUUUGGAACAUGAACGAGACGAUGAUGCCGAGUCUAUAGCUAGUACUUCCACAAUUAAUUCAGCUGUGGAUGUGACUUCUCCACCUAGUGGCGUUUUAGGACCUAUGCCCCCUUCGAUGCCUCUAAUGCAGCACAGACGAUGUUCCACACCACGCCAUUCAAUGGAUGCCGCCACCAUCGAACAUUUAAGACGUAGAGCACGCUCUUCUUCAGGUCAGCGCAAUUUGGAAUUAACACCUAUGCUUUACACAAACGAAUACACACCAGUCUAUAACAAUCGUUCGGCGAGUGUUUCACUAGCAACCAAUACGAUAAGCGAUGAUGAGAAAUGGCAAUUGUUGAAUCGUAAACGCUGUUCCGAGGGAGCUGCUUUACUGACCGAUCAGCAGGGACAUACGACCGGUAAUCGCAGUGCUUCUUUAAGCAUAGAAACUCGCAAAGCUAGUCUAAUCAGUCAAGACAGUUUAGAUGGUGGUCAGGCAACGCCACCCUUUCCUGCUCGCACUCACUACACCCGCAAUUCAAUAAAUCUCUCAAAUUCGCAUUAUCGUUCGUUGCGUUUUGCACACUCUCGCCUUAGUUCGUCACGUUUAAGUUUAUUUCUGCAGCCAAAUAAUACUAAUAAUCAAGCUAGCACAGCAAAUGCUAACCAACAACAAUACACCAACAAUACAAAUAAUCACAAUAAGACUAUUAAUACUUCUAAUACUAAUUUCAAUACAAACACCAACAAUAAUCAUUCCAAUAACGAUUCCAAUAACACAGCAACAACAACAACAAGCACAGCAACACCAACAAUAACUUUAUCUAAUAAUGUCAUUGAUUUAGAGGAUGACAACGAUGCUAAUUGUGGUGGGCUUAGUAGAGGUAGUAGUAAUAAACGUUUUGCUUCUGUAAAUGCUCAACAACAGCAUCACACAGAUGAUAGACAUGAUCUCAAUAGUACAACAGCAACAGCUUCUUCUAUGCAACAACAACAACAGCAACUGCAACAUCAAAUGCAACCAAAAUAUAUUAGUAAUACUUCCUUAACCUUAAAUCAUUUAACCAAACACAAUCAUCAUCUUCAUCAUCAUAAACACCAUCAUUUAAAUGUACCCUCCUCUACAACCACCUCUAAUUCUUCAACAACUAACGCAGUGGGUAAUCGAACAUAUUUAACACCGGGAAUGGCUACACCAUCGGCAGCCAUGCUGCAACAUCAUCGACCCUCAUUACCCGUGGCCAAACUAACAAUUAGAGACGAAGAAAUGGCCGAGGUAAUCAGAGCCUCAAUGAGUGAUGGCUCCCGUCGUGGUACUCCCAGAGUAGUGACGUUCUUUAAGGGGCCUGGCAUGAAAUCUCUAGGUUUCAGUAUUGUUGGUGGUCGUGAUUCGCCUAAAGGAAAUAUGGGCAUUUUUGUUAAGACUGUGUUUCCUUCGGGACAGGCUGCAGAUGAUGGCACUUUGCAAGCAGGUGAUGAAAUUAUAGAAAUCAAUGGCAAUUCGGUGCAGGGUAUGAGUCAUGCAGAAACUAUAGCAUUAUUUAAAAAUGUACGAGAGGGCGCUAUAGUGCUACAUCUGCUAAGAAGAAAACUACAAAAAGCUAAAUCAAUGGGGGCUUAAAAUUAUUGCCGUUAAAAAGGCCAACAAAAUACGUUUAUUUAAAAGAAUUUAUUGUUAAAUUUGAGAAAAUUGUAAAUGUUAAAUUUAAAAUGUUUGUUUCUUUAUUUAACUAGAUAAAAACAAUUUAAAAUAAAGAAAAAAUGUCUGCUAAAAACAAAGUUUAGCUAUUUAGCUUAUUGUAUAAUUGUAAUUUUGUUAGUUAUUGCUGAACUAUUUCAGACUAUAUAAAUUUAUGUUAGUUAUAAAAUCUAAUAAUAAAAUUCUUUUAUUUUUUAGUUUAUAUAGUAAGCAGAGCUAUACUAUAAUUAAUUUUUAUUUAUAAAAAUGUGUGUCUUUAAUAGUUAAUUAUAUUAAAAAUUAUCUAAUUAUCUUUAAAUUAUUAAGUUCUUAUAGUGGUAAUUUAUAAAAGUCUCAUUGUUAUAAUUGUAUUUGAUAGUUUAAGGCAAAACCAUUUAAAAAUAAAUACAUACAUACAAAAAAACACGUACAAAAUGUUGAAAUAAUGAAGAAAGAAAUAAGAAAUAAACUUUGUAAACAUGUUGAAGAAUUUAACAAAAAUAUUUUAUUUUAAUUAAGUUUAAUUAAAGAAAUAAGUGGCUAAAAUAAUUUUAACUGUAAAGUAAAUACAAAAAUAUUAAAGAAAAGUUGAAUGUGUAUUAAAAGAAUUACUAAACAAAAA